AUGCUUACAGGCCGCAUACGAGCCACGGAAGAAGUGGUUCAGGACCUGAGGGCCCAACACGACGCCACAACUACCCAAACACAGGAACUGGCAGCCACAUGCACACAGCUGACUGCUCGAGUGGGGCUGCUUGAAGAUAUGGUGAGACAGAAAAAUCUAAACGUGAGGGAGAUCCCAGACACCGUGCCAGCAGACGAACUGCCGCACCUCAUUAACAGACUGAUCCAAGCAGCCCUGCCACCCAAACAGGACAAAGGAAUGACCUUAGACGGCCUAUUUCACAUACCGGGACGCCCACGCAAUGCUCCAGACUCCGCAAGGGAUGUUAUAAUGAACUUGAAAUCCCACUCAGAUAAAGAGGGAUUCCUCCGAGCAGUAAGGGGACAGACCCCGUUCAUAUUUGAAGACCUUACCUUGAACUUCUAUCAAGACCUGAGCCGCCAGACCCUACAGUGGCGCGCAUCCCUGAAAGAAACUAUGGCACAAUUGAGGUCAGCGGACAUACAAUACAAAUGGGGCUACUCACGAACACUCAUCGCCACACGAGACGGGCACAACCACCGACUGACCUAG